CGUGCUCAUGAGUCCUUCUGGAGGCUCUGAUGCCUCCUGUGGUAUCUGCCAUCCCCUCUUUCAUAGAAGCAGGAGAUAUCCUGGGCUGGGAGGGACCCACAAGGAUCAUCCAGUCCAAACCCCGGCCCUGCACAGACACCCCAACAAUCCCAGUUCCUCAGAGCGUUGUCCAAAGCCUCCUGGAGCUCUGGCAGCCUUGGGGCUGUGCCCACUGCCCUGGGGAGCCUGUUCAGUGCCCAACCACCCUCUGUGGGAAGAACCUUUCCCUAAAAUCCAACCUGAGCCUGCCCUGGCACAGCUCCAGCCCUUCCCUGGGUCCUGUCCCUGCUCACAGAGAGCAGAGGUCGGAGCUGCCCCUCGGGAGGAGCUGCAGACCCCGAGGAAUCUCCCCUCAGUCUCCUCCAGCUGAACAACCCCAGUGCCCUCAGCUGCUCCUCCAGACCCUUCCCCAUCCCUGUGUCCCUCCUUUGGACCCUCUAAAGCAGCAGCUUUAGACCUUUUUUACCUCGUGGUGCCCAAACUGCCCCCAGGACUGAGGUGAGGCUGCCUCAUCUCAGAGCAGAGCGGGACAGUCCCCUCCCUUACCCUGCCCAGAUGCCCUCAGGACACAGAGACCCUUUGUGCUGCCAGGGCACUCUGCUGACUCACAUCCCCCUUCCCAUCCAGCGGGACCCCCGUCCCUUCCCGCUCCGGGGCGGACGCUGCGUCUUUAACGCGGUGUCGGCGGCGCGGAGGCAGCUCCAUUGAAGAUUUGAGGGAGAGCAGGAGGGGGUGUGGAUGUGGAUGUGGCUAUUGGCAGAGCUGCGCUGCCAUCCCUGGGAACAGCUGGGAUCUGCCUGGCGGAGCCCCGAGCUCUCCGGAGCAGCCGCAGGGAUCGCUUUGGCGGGGCCGGGAGCUGGCGGGGGCUUCCCGGGAGGGAUUUCAGCCUGGCAGAAUUCCUCUGGAACUGACCAUGGCCAUGGAGUGUCCCUUGAAAUCGGGGAACAGCUGACCUGCUCGGAGUGCAGAACCACCACGUGGAAAUGCGGGCGAAUAUUUCGGGAAUGGGGACCUGACACUGUUCCUCUCCGGUCGAUCUGCUCCAGAUCCUCCUGGACUGUUUAGGCCCCCAGCCUGGGCACAAGGCUAGGGCAGGUUCCUACAGUGUGGAGUAUUUUGGGGAGGGGAGAGGCAGAGUUCACCACCUUCACCCCCUGCAUAAUCCAGGCUCCCACAAAGCAGGCACGUCAGGUGCCCAUCGCUGCGUCGGAGGGCUCCGAAGAUGUCCAACAGCAACACGGCACAGGAGUCCCUGGAAAUUAUGAAGGAAUCGGAAAAAAAGGUGGUCGAGGAAUCUGUGAACAAAACCAAAUAUGUAUCCAAGUCACCAAGCAAGGAGGAGGUGGAGAAGGAUGGGGGGGAGGAGGUCAACGUGCGCCAGGAAUCUCAGAGGCGAACGUCGAGUCACGGGCACGCCAGGAAAAGAGCCAAGUCUAAUUCAAAGCUUAAGCUGGUCAGGAGUUUGGCUGUGUGUGAAGAGUCCUCGGGCCCCUUUGUGGAUGGGCUGCUGGAGUCCCAGGACAUCAUCCAGCUGCACGUGAGCUGCCCCUCUGACAAGGAAGAAGAAAAAUCCACGAAAGAUGGGGUGGAGAAAGAAGAAAAAGACAAGAAUAAAGAGAAAACACCAAGGAAGAUGCUCUCUCGAGAUUCCAGCCAGGAAUAUACAGACUCCACUGGAAUAGAUUUGCAUGAAUUUUUAGUAAAUACACUGAAAAAAAACCCACGGGAUAGAAUGAUGCUGCUCAAAUUGGAACAGGAGAUCCUGGAAUUUAUCAGUGAUAACAACAAUCAGUUCAAGAAGUUCCCCCAGAUGACCUCGUACCACAGGAUGCUGCUGCACCGGGUUGCUGCCUAUUUUGGGAUGGACCACAACGUGGAUCAGACUGGGAAGGCCGUCAUCAUCAACAAGACCAGUAACACACGAAUCCCCGAGCAGAGGUUCUCCGAGCACAUCAAAGACGAGAAGAAUGCCGAGUUCCCACAGAGGUUCAUCCUGAAACGGGAUGACACCAGCAUGGAUCGGGAUGAUAACCAGAUCAGACUCCCCUUGCAGGAUGGGAGAAGGAGCAAAUCCAUAGAAGAGCGAGAGGAGGAAUAUCAGCGGGUCAGGGAGCGGAUUUUUGCACGAGAGUCUGGCCAGAACGGAUACCUCACGGACAGCAGGGGCGCCCGGGAGGGGCUGGGCAGGGCCUCGGGCAGCCGCCAGAGCAGCACGGAGAGCGAGAUGAAGGCGCUGGAGCCGCGGCCCUGGAGCAGCACCGACUCGGACGGCUCCAUCCGCGCCCUGCGGCCGCCCGUCACCAAGGCCAGCAGCUUCAGCGGCAUCUCCAUCCUGACCCGGGGGGACAGCGUCGGGAGCAGCAAGGGCAGCGCUGCCAGCAGGACGGCCCGGGCAGGUUUGGUGCUAGGAGCCCCUGAGGGGUGCAGCCAGUCCCCGUCCUCGCAGCCCAGCCGUGGCCUCCUGCCCUGCACGGCCCCGCAGCCGCCGCCCCCGCAGCCCCCCGGGAUCCCCCCCCCAACCCAGCAGCCGCCGGCCAUGAGCAACCCCAUGAUGUCCCAGCCGGUCCCGGCGCUGCAGCCCGUUCCGUACUCUCCAAGCUCCUGCCCCCAAGUCCUCUUGCCAGUCUCUCCACCCCAGCAGUACAACCUGGCCGACGAGCUCAGCAGCCCCUUCGGGCAGAUCAGCCUCAGCCGACAGGGCUCGACGGAAGCCCCGGAUCCUUCCUCGGCGAUGUUCCAGUCAUCCCUCAUCUCCCAGCACCCUCAGCAGACAGGAUUCAUCAUGGCAACCCCUGGGCAGCCCAUCCCCACCUCCAGCUACUCCGCCUCGGGGCACACGGCCCCCACUCAGCAGGUGCUGCAGCCCCAGGGCUACAUUCAGCCUCCCCAGCAAAUUCAGGUUUCUUACUACCCCCCCGGGCAGUACCCGAACUCCAGCCAGCAAUACCGACCCCUCAGUCACCCAGUGGCCUACAGCUCCCAGCGCCCACAGCAGCUCCCCCAGCAGUCCCAGCAGCCAGGUUUACAGCCAAUGAUGUCCAACCAGCAGCAAACAUACCAAGGUGUGAUGGGGGUGCAGCAGGCGCAGCCCCCCGGGCUCCUCAACAGCCAGAGGAACAACAUGGGGGGCCAGAUGCAGAGCGUGAUGGGGGUGCAGCAGGCACAGCCCCCCGGGCUCCUCAGCAGCCAGAGGAGUGGGAUGGGGAGCCAGAUGCAAGGCCUGAUGGUCCAGUACACGCCACUGCCUUCGUACCAGGUUCCCAUGGCCAGUGAGUCCCAGAGCGUGGUCCAGCAGCCCUUCCAGCAGCCAGUGCUCGUGCCAGCCAGUCAGUCUGUGCAGGGGGGGCUCCAGGCUGGGGGGGUCCCCAUCUACUACAGCGUCAUCCCCACUGCCCAGCAGAACGGCACCAGCCCGUCCGUGGGGUUCCUGCAGCCUCCCAGCUCCGAGCAGUACCAGCUGCCGCAGUCCCCGGCCCCCUGCAGCCCCCCCCAGAUGCAGCAGCAGUAUUCAGGGGUGUCCCCGUCAGGCCCCGGUGUGGUGGUGAUGCAGCUGAACGUCCCCAACGGUGCCCAGGCCCCCCAGAACCCCCCCGUGGUGCAGUGGAGCCACUGUAAGUACUACAGCCUGGAGCAGCGGGGGCAGAAGCCAGGAGACCUCUACAACCCCGACACCAGUGCUCAGGCCAGCACUCAGCUGAACAGCCCCAUCACGUCCCCCACCCAGUCCCCGACGCCGUCGCCCGUCACCAACCUCAACAGUGUGUGCACGGGGCUGAGCCCCCUCCCUGUCCUCACACAGUUCCCCCGGCCCAUGGGCCCGGCACAAGGUGACGGGCGGUACUCGCUGCUGGGCCAACCGCUGCAGUACAACCUGUCCCUCUGUCCCCCACCACUGCUCCACAACCAGCCCGGCUACACGGCACACCAGGGGCAGACUGGAAUGAAGCACGGCAACCGGAGCAAGAGACAGGCCCUCAAGUCAGCGUCCACCGACCUGGGGACGAGUGACGUAGUGCUGGGCCGGGUGCUGGAGGUGACGGACCUGCCCGAGGGCAUCACACGGACCGAGGCCGACAAGCUCUUCACCCAGCUCGCCAUGGCCGGUGCCAAAAUCCAGUGGCUCAAAGAGACUCAGGGGCGCCGCGGGGACGGAGGCGGCGGCGGCGGGGACAACAGCGGGACUCCAGAGAACGGCAGGCACGGUGACCUCGCUGCCUUAUACACCAUCGUGGCCGUGUUCCCCAGCCCGCUGGCUGCCCAGAACGCCUCCCUCCGCCUCAACAACUCCCUCAGCCGCUUCAAGCUGCGCGUGGCCAAAAAGAACUACGACCUGCGGGUGCUGGAGCGGGCCAGCUCCCAGUAGGGCUCCUGCGGGCACUGGGCACCCCCCUGGGCCUCUUCUCCUCCUGCCCUCCCUUCCUCUUGCCCUCCUUCCUUGAUAUAUUUAUAUGAACAUAAUUAAGAGACAAGAAGUUGAUUUUUUUUUUUUGGGUUUUUUUUUUUUAAUUAUUAUUAUUUUUGGAGUGACGCCCGUGCCCACCCCCCUCCCCUGUGUCUCUGGUUUUGUUUAAGCACUGUGUUGGACCGCACAUACAGGUGUUGAUUGGUAUGUUCACUGCACAUUUUAUUUAAUCGGAUUAUUAUUUGGGGGGGGAGGGGGUAUUU